AUGAUAAUGGGUAUUUAUUUGUUAAACAAAAAAAAUUAAAAAAAGAAUAAGAAAGCCUAAUAUCAAUUAUCAAAUCAAAUAAAAAACAGUGAAAAAAAAAGUAAUAAUAAUUAAACAUACAAAAUAAUUACAAUUAAAAAAACCCUUGCAUAAUACAAAGCAAUCCUUUCAAAAGGAAAUAACCGUAUUUAGCACUCCAUCUUAUCAUCUAAAGCUUCCUUCUUUUACUCAAUGAGUUUCUAAUACAGAAAGACUAAAUAACAACCAUCAUCAUCUUUAGAAAGCUAAGGAAAGCACACUUAUUUAGCUCAUGGCAACAACAAUUAUUAUAAUAAAGAAAAUAUUUCCUACUAAACUUCCUAGCAAUAUAACUUAUAUCCCCUCAAUAACUUCUAUUAGCCACUUUAACAACAUUAACCUUUGCAACAAUAGCAAAUAUUAUAGCAAUUACCAAUCAGCAAAACUUCAAACAACAAUUCUAACAAUAUAUACCCUAACACUAGACGUUUCGGUCGUGACCUUUCUAAUAUUCAAUAAGGCUAGGGAGCUAAUAUUUAACAGCAUCAGUAAAUUCUCAAUAAAAAAAACAAUAACAACAAUAACGGAUCCUUGACAAACUCAAGAUGCACAAGCAGAGAAUUGUCAGUUAAUAAUCGCAGAUAAACUAGUUUUGUAACAUAACAACAAGGAAAUAAUAAAUUAAAUAGUAGUGUUAAUAUGGUUUUAGAAAAAAGUGCUGGUACAUCAAACAACAGUCGCUAUAGAGGUGUUGUUCCUGCUGCUCGCCUAAAUUAAGUUAACAAUCCCAACAGUGGUCUUAAGAUGGAUGUUGAAAAUUAAAGUAGCAACAAUGUUUCUGUUUAAAAUUUUUUUACUGAAAACAGCUUCUAUUUCCCUAUUCCUUCAUCUACUCAAGCUAACUAAUAAGUUUAAGGUUAAUCUAUACACACCACAAUAAAUACAAGCAUAGGAUAAAGUUUAAUUAAUUAUAAUUCUUAAACAUCUGCCUCUCUAUCUCAAGCUCCUUAAACAGACUAUACAACUGAAUACUUUAAUUUUUUAUAACAAAUGGAGAAUGGUCAUUCCCAAUAAAGUAAUAACAUACAUGACCAACAUAGCUAACAAUAAUAAAUUCAACACUAAGCUAAUUCACAAUAAAAUUAUUACAGCCAAUAAAAAUAUACAAGUAGAAGAAACUAUCCUGAUAGCAGAUCUUCUAUGGAGCUUAUCGAUUAUAAAUACAUUAAUAAGCCUGAGUAUGUUCCUUAAUAUGCAAAAGAAAUAUUUGAAUAUUUAAGAUCUAAUGAGGAUAAACAUAUCUGCAAAACUUAAUACUUUGAAUAAGGUUGCUAGCCUGAUUUAAAUAGUAGAAUGAGGACUAUUCUAAUUGACUGGCUUAUAGAUGUUCACCUAAAAUUUGACUUACUUCCUGAAACACUUUUCUUGACAGUAAACUUGAUAGAUAGGUAUUUAGAGAAAGGACCAAAAGUUGAUAAAUCUAAAUUUUAACUAGUUGGUAUUGCUGCUCUCUUUAUUGCUUGCAAAUACGAAGAAAUUUAUCCACCUGAAGUAAAAGAUUUCACUCAUGUUUGUGAUGACGCUUACACAAAACAAGAGCUCUUCGAAUAUGAAGGUCUCAUUCUUCAGGUACUUAACUUCAAUAUCACUACUCCUAGUGCUUUUAGAUUUUUAGAGAGGUAUGCUCGUAUUGCUGAAUUCGAUUAAAAAUAAUUUUUGACUGCAUUAUACUUCCUAGAAAUGGCUUUAGUUGAUUACUAAGGAACUAAGUAUACUCCUAGCCAACUUGCAUGUGGAUCUAUUUUGAUUUCAAGCAUAAUUUACAACAAAUAAGAAAGAUGGAGCGAGGCUUUAAUUCGUAACACUAAAUACGAAUAGCAAUAACUUAUUCCUGUUGUUGAAGAGUUAUGUGAGAUUCAUCGUAAGGCUGAACUUAGAGAAAAGUAAACUAAAGACAAAGAUAAAUAAUUAAACGCAGUAAAAAGAAAAUUUGCUCAACAGCGUUUUGAAUCCGUCUAUGCAUAUGUUGCUCUAUUUUUCUAAAAUACAAAUAAAGCUGCCCAAACAUAUUAAUAAAAUAGUAACAAUUUGAUUAGCAACUGA